CUUGCCGCCAGUCAGUCCCGCUCCGGGCUUCUUCGCGGCAUUAUUGCUCGCUCGGCGUUCUCCGCGCUCGGACCGGCGCGCUUGAACGUCCGUAACAGUCCGCUUUACCUUCUCGCCGGGCUUUUCGUACACGUCAACGACCGCGGAGACGCAUGGACGCCGAGAGAGAGAGAGAGAGAGAGAGAGAGAGGCUCCAGCGAGUAUCGUCGUCUCCGCCGCCGUUCCACCCUCGUUUCUUCCAUCCCCCGGGCGGAUUUCACCCCGCGGUGUGACCGUUUCUGUGUGAGACCGGAGAGGACGCGCGCAGUGGCCGAUUGUCGUUAGUCUCGCCGACUGACAAUUUCGAGGGCGGGAAUCUCGCCCGCGUGAUCUCCCGAUCGAUCGCGCACGACGCUCGAAUCGCGGCGAAUCGACUCGAAUUCCAACGAAUUCCUCCUCGCGGCCUGGUGUCGUGCUAUCGUGCGUGUUAAAACGGUGCCUCCGCUGCCUUCGUCCGCGAGUGCGAAGGUGCUCCUCCGGGUUUAUACGACUCCACCAGCUGCCGCUCGUCAAAGAGAGAGAGAGAGAGAGAGAGAGAGAGAGAGAGAGAGAGAAGCAAGGCGGAAAGACGCGGGUCGAUCUGAAAAUACCCGCGAAUCGGCCGGGCAAGAGCAGCCGUGCAGAAUGCGAGAGGGUGCCGGAUAGAUAGAUAAAGAGAGAGAAAGAGAACGAGAGAGAGAGAGACGAGUUUGCAGGACAUCAGUAGGACCACCGGCUCUACAUCCGCCCGGAGCACGCGCAUCCUGUACCACGCUCGUCCUAGCGAUGCGACAUUCCACGCUGUUCCCGCAUAGUCAUUGACAAUUGGCAAGAUGCGAAGCGAGGUGGGCGAAUGGCUGGCCACGUGCGUAGGUUCGCCGAUAUGCAUCCUGCUGCUGUCAUGGUCUCUGCUCAUCUACCAGAAUCAAUCAUCAUCGACGAAGAGGAAGAUCGACGUGCUGACAGUCGCGAUCAUCUCCCAAAGCCUCGCGCAUCAACUGGGGCUGCUGCUGUACGCGAUUCUCACGCUGAUCCGGCCGGCGAAUCACUUCGGAGAGCUAUGCUCCACGCUGGUGUGGCUGCUAAACUCGUCGAGCGUCCUCCAGGAGCUCACGCUGACGUCGAUCGCGGUGUUCGCCGCGAUCAGCAGCCGCGACGAGGCGGUGAAUCUCACGAAGAACCACCUCAAGUACCACCUGGUGAGCCUGAGCGUCAUCAGCGCCUGCAUCGGCGUCACCGGCGUCCUCAACUUCGAGCCGGAGGUCUGCGUCUUCCUCGCCCACGAGAUCUCCCAUAAGUACGGCAUCUUCGUCAACUCCCUGCGCAGCCUGCUGCUGUUGGCGUCCCUCUUCGGGCUGCUGAUCGCGCUCUUCAGGAACGUCUGCCGUAGCCCGACCUCCGAGCUGCUCAAGUCGGUCUCCGACCUGUCCGAGGCGAGCUCGAAGAACUCCUCGGGAGCGUUCGAGUGUCACCCUCAGCACUGGGAUCCCUCCAGCGGCUCGUACACCAGCGGCUCCACCAACAGCCGAGCGUGCCUGAGGAAGAAGAGAGUGCAGGUGGACGAGGCCAGCGGCAGAUCCACCGUCUACAGCAUCCUCUUCGUCUGCUACGUCUUCGAGCACCUGCCUAUCCUGAUCAUCUCGAUCAGACCCAGCCUGCUGAGGGACUUUUGCACGCCUCAAAACUUGGCGACGUGGCUGCCGCUGGUGAAGGACACGCUGCUUCCGGUGUUCUUGGCUCUCUUCGACAAGAUGUUCUGCCGAUAUGUGGCCAAGGUGUACACGAAGCAGGAUCACGCGAGGCGGCUGUCGCACGGCGGCAUAGACGGCAAGUUCCGACACUUCGAGCAGGACACCGAGUACAAGCUGCAGUUGAAUCUGAAUCACGGACUGAAGUUCCCCCUAACUAACGGAAGCCUCUACGGACGGUUGCACAGCCACCAGAACAGAGCAAAGACCGGCACGAUCGCCAUGGGCAUCCAGCAGCAUUAUCCCAGAGCGCAGCCGGUGAACGAGGACGGCAACUACGCGUCCCUGCCGGCGGAACUAUCGUCCUUCACGAGUUCCACCUUCGAGCCGCGUCAGGACAGGAUCGCCGAGCAGCCGGCGAAGAAGAACCCCGUGGAGCAGCACAACAGCAGGCGGCCGAGGCCGAACGAGAACCUGCUGGAGCUCGGCGGUAACCGCAGGAAGAUCGGCAGCACCGACGUCUUCGGCCAGAACAUGGAGAACCUGGUGCAACUGGAGGAGCCGGCGAGCGGCCGGAAGUCCUUCGCCAAGAGCCUCGACGAGAUUCGCGAGGAACCGUCCAGACGGCACGCCAGGAGCGUCCUCGGUCUGGAGAACCUGAUCGUGGGACUGGAGAGCAGCCUGCACGCGCAGCAUUAUCCUAGGAACGCUCUUCGCAGAAAUCAAAGCUUCGAUCACGCCAGAUAUCACCGACCUAUGCUCGAUACAAGGACCUACAACCUGAAGAAGGACAGCCACACGUGCGAGCAGCAGAAUCUCCAGCGGCAAGACAGUCAAGGCCACUGCGACGGCUACGACAGCUCCGACGACGAGAGUUGCGACCUGGAGAACGGCGAUUUCGACACCAUGAGCUCCUGCAGGAGCAGGAGCAGGAGCUGCUGCUCCGUCACCACGGUCGCCAAUGACGAUUUCGAGUAUUUCCAACGUAAGGGAACCAAGGUGGAGCUGCUGCCCUCCAAGAGAGCCGGCGAGGUAAAGGUCAGCAUGCGAUCUUUCACGCCGCGUAUCAUAGAGAACGGCACGGGCGAGCGGGAGGACAAGAAGUGCAGCAGCAGCAGUGGCGGCAAGCCAGCGGCCGACACGAAGCCCAGCAUACAAUCGUAUCACUUGAAGAGCAAGAGGAUCGGGCCCGGUUACUCGAUGAACGACUUGGACAAGCUCACGAUUGACAGGAAGCUGCCGAAUCUCUCGAUGGAGAGUCUCAAGAGCAUCCUCAAGAACUCAGACGUGAGCUACCUCGACAACGGCGACAUAUGCAAGCAUGACAUCGGCGGCUCGGCGCCGGACUUCAAGAAGAUCUUCGUCACGGACUUCAUAUGAGCCCGGGUCGAGGUAGGGGGGAGCCGGGAUGCGACGUAGGGUGUUCGUAAUAGCGGAAGAUCGUAUCCUUCGUCCUUGUGAUAUAGCGACUCGUAAACGUAGCAACGUUCGCUUCGCUUCUAUCGCAUCGGCGCGAUCAGCGACGCAGAGAGCGUGCUCUCUCGACGCGGUCCUGCGAAAGCUCGCGUGUUCGCGGUAGAAAAGUCGGAGAGGUUCGUAAAAAAAAGUAGAGAAAUUCAGCGACAUCGUGCCGUCGCGACGCGACGAUCGACCGCGCGUGUCUUCCGAAUGCGGCGAGCUGCCUUCAGUUUUGUAACACGAAACCUAAACUCCUUUCUACACAUGAGUGUAUAUCUUUGCCUUCUUUUUCGAGCGUCGUAUCUCCGAGCUCUCGUCGUUCAGCGCAAGCUGAACCAGACCAGUGCGAAUCGCGAGCGACGUAAACCGGAGUACCGUUGUGACCGGCGCGUUGCGCCCGUCUCUGUAAAAAGUUCUGUAAGAUACUUUAUGACAGCCGGCGAACUUCCGUUCCCGGCCGCGGGCACGAGUUUUACACAGCGGCGUUACUUGUAUAUAUUUUGUAUAUUUGUACUAUCGCAAUAUUUAAUGUAGCGAGAUGAUUUAUGUGUACACACGUGUACGCGACUACACGUGUUCCUCCACGACGUGUUCAUUUCAUUGUCGUGGAAACGACGCGAGCGGGUUGUGUAAAUUUAUUGCAAAUAUAUUUCAUUUCUGGGUUCA